AUGGCUGCCAAGUCGAAGCAUGCGCCAUCUUAUCUUCUCACGGAAAAAGAAAAUUACAUAGUUAAAGAGAUUCUUGGCCAUAAACGUCACAAUCGAAAAAUAGUUUGGGAGCAAGAGCUUUAUCGACAGUUCAAAUAUCGAGCUGCAACAAGUACUUUCCAUACCUUUAACGCACAUGAUUGUCGAGCCGGUUUAAACUUCUGCGAUGAACAAGAAGCACAGCUGUUCCGAGCCGCAGUGAAAGAAAGAAUAAGAGAAUUCAAGCGAAAAAGAGAUGAAAACCGUGCACGUAAAAUGGCCCGUUACAACGCCGCUAUGAUGGGUCACUCAACAUACGGAACGUACGCUCCACCGACUGCUAUGCAAUUUAUGCGUGUCCAGACCCUCUCGGGUCAGACAGCUCUAGUUCAGGUCCCCUCACAAGUUGGGUUCGGUGGUGGWCAAAGGCCGAUGUCAGGUAGAGGAAGAGGUCGGAUAAUGUCCCCCCAAAUGAGGCCCCAAAUAAGCACCAUGCCAGGAAUGCGCCCUCAAAUGAGUACCAUGUCCGGAAUGCGCCCCCAAAUKAGUAUCAUGUCCGGAAUGCGCCCUCAAAUGAAUACCAUACCUGGAAUGCGCCCUCAAAUGAGCACUGUGCCUGGAAUGCGCCCUCAAAUGAGCACCAUGAGACAGGGACCAUCAAAAUCAAGACAUCCUGGGCCAUCAGUGGGUAGGGGACAAGGCCCGAGACCACCUCAAUCGGCGCCUGCUCCUCAAGGUCCCUCUCAGGAGGCACCAUCAAAUACAGUCGUACCUCAAAUACAAGAGGAAACUAAUCCUGCAGUUACUGCUCAAAUCGAAAAGAAAAAAAAGAAAGGAGGUUUCUUCAGUUUUUUAAAGCGCAAAAAAGCUGAAAGACCAAGUGCRCCAUCAUCUACAAUAGAUUCUACUCAAUGUACACCAGUGACUUCACCAACACAGGAACCGACGCCAAAGAAACUAGAUCUUGGUCACGUGGAAAGCGAUCAUUACGAAACAGUGGAACUCACACGUCCCACAUGGGAGAUGGAUCAAUCAAACGUAGUACCCCCUCCAUCCUUSAAAGAGGUAACGCCGCCUCCUGAUUCAAGAACGAUAUCACCACCUCCUCCGACACCAAGUGUGACAUCACCACCUCCUCCUCCACCACCAGCUCCACCAACUACAGGUAUAGACAAACCACUGGAAACUCCUCAAGGACAUCCUGCUGAACCACCAACACCUCCCCCUCCACAGUCUGCUGCACCUCCCCCGCCACCCCCUCCUCCUCCUCCUCCGCCACCACCACCACCUGUCAUACCAGUAGAUAUCAAGUCGACUGCAGGAGACUCGCCUGUAAAUGUACUACGAGUUGUCGGUACUGGUCUUAGUUCUGCUGGAGGAUCGUUAAUGGAAAGUAUCUUAGCAGGAACCACGUUAAAGAAGGUCGAUCGAUCAAUUCAGCCACYAAAGCAAGACGAGGUACAAGAUGGUGUAGGCGGUGCUCUGGCUAGAGCGAUGGAUUUACGAUCUAAAGUCAUGCAUUCGUCAGAUGAAGAUGAUGAUGACGAUGAUGAUGAUGACUGGGAUGAUGAYGAUGACGAYGAGUGGUCYGACUGAAAACCCAACUCAUUCACAUCGUUUAGCCAUCUGAGAACUCAAUCUCGGAAAUAUUAUAUCUAUUA